AACUUUUAGUUUCUAAGAUUUUUGCAAACCCAUCUCUUCUCUAAUAUUCCCACAUUGAAAAAUCCAUUCUUUUGACAGAGAUGAUUGCAAUAGAGGAGUGGAAGAUUGUUCACAUCCCAGACAAACCUCCAAUUUCACCUGAUCAACAACCCACUGUAAACAUUUAUGCAGCUGUCAUUGACCCAAUGCAUGCUCAUACUAUUGUAAGGAAAUUAAAUAAAGUUGCACCUUUGGAAACUCUCCGCCAUGUUAAACGCGUCCUCAAGCAGAAACUUGAAGGGAAGACUCAGUUAUCAGUCAUGUUAUGUCUAGCACAUCAAAAUGGAACUCAACUGGGCAGCAUGCCAGACGACGUCUGUGAGAUUAUAAAUUCGUACCAAUUGAGCGUCUUCACUACAAAAGUUUGCAAGUUUCCUGCAUUAUCCAAGGAGGAGUGGAUAGAGCAAUGCAAGUUAUGGCCAACAUCUUACCAUCCACCAACCUACAAUAUUGAAGGGAUUACUGGAUUUAGUGAAGAUGACAAGAAUGUAGUUCUCGGGUUCAUGAGAUUAGCAGUUGAUAUGGCAAAAUCAGAUCAUAGUCAGGUGGUUAAUGCUGCUGUUAUUGUGGACCCUUUAUCGAAGCAGGUGGUGGCUAAAGCUUGUGACUGUGUUAACUCAUGUCCUUCACCUCCCAAAGAAUCAAGUUCUGAUAGCUCAACUCUUAAAAACACCAGCCCACCAUUCUCUGGGGUAUCUUGUUUAUAUCCCUGGAAAUGGGCUGAACAAGAAUCAUCUUUUCCCUGGCAUCCUUUACGACAUGCAUGUAUUGUAGCUAUUGAAGAAUCUGCAGAAAGGGACAAAAAACUAUUCCCAGAAGAGAGCAAGAAUGAAAUAUUGUCAUCAUCUUCCUCGAUGAUACGCUGUUGUUCUCCAGCAAAAAGGCAAAAGACGGAUAAUGUUGUUGAUGAAGAAGCAGUGGAGGAUUUAAGUAAAACAACCAGGCCAUAUCUAUGUACUGGUUAUGAUAUCUACAUUGUCUGGGAGCCAUGCACAAUGUGCGCUAUGGCCCUUGUUCAUCAGAGAAUCAGGCGGAUAUUUUACGCGUUUCCCAACCCGACAGCUGGCGCCUUAGGAAGCGUUCACAGACUCCAAGGGGAGAAAAGUUUGAAUCACCACUAUGCUGUUUUUCAGAUCAUGGUCCCUAAAACUUGUAUUUGAAGGUUUAUAACCGCUAAUUAACCCCGCCCUUUGCAGGUAAGUGAUUCCUAUUUAAAGCACCGCGAAGGGUCUUGAGUGUGGGUUGUCGAUACUCGAUAGAUUUAGUAUGGAUUUUUUUCAUUUGAAAUAACUUUAUUUUCUAUGAUCAGAUUAUUAUUUUUUUAUCUUGAUAUA